CUCUCUGCCAAUCCUCACGACCCGUGUCUGCCCCGAAGGGAUUCCUCGACACCAUGAGCAGCAGCGACACCGACACCGACGCCAAGAGCAGCGGCAGCGGCACCGCCUCGGUUGGAUCGUUCGCUUUCGCUUUCGCUUUCGAGAAGCAGGCCCCCUCCGACGCCCCCCGGCUGUACCCCUCCAAAAGCGAGGUCCUCCGGGCCUGCGGGAUUUCCCACGCCGAUGGGCCCGGGCUCCGCCUGCCCUCGCUGGAAGGGAACCCGCCGGAUCCCGGUCUCCUCCUCCGCAAGCGGUCCUUCGAGACGGUGGUCUCUGGCCGGACCACCAAGAGGUCUUUGCACGGGCAAGGACCUUUUGGGGACAAUAGCGAAACCAGCGACGACGACCGCAGAGGCGACACCAGGGACCGCCCAUGGGCAGUCCCGGACAGCGAAACCAGCGACGGGGACGUCCCGAGCGAUUCCGCCGUCGACGACGGGGGCGGCUACGGCUACUCUCACGGCUCCGAUGCGUCCCCUUGCCACGCAAGCAGCGGCAGCGACAUUGACAUCGACAUCGACAGCGAUGCCUACGAGGACUCCGGCGAUGGUGCCGAUCACAAAGCCUACGAUCCCGGGUGCCUGAUUGCAAUCGGCGUGGUAAAAGACGACGACGAAGACGAAGACGGAAACGGCAACGGCAACGGAAACGAGCAACCAAGGGAAACAGAAACAGAAUCAGAAAACGAAGAAGACGGACCGCUGUGGGAGGAAUCCGCACGAAGGGCCAUCGAUCGAACGCCCGCCCCUCCGGCGAUGGUCGCCGACGUGGCCGUGGCAAGGAGCAUCGCCAAGCAAGAACACGACCUCAAGAUGCGCAUCAAGAAGGAACGAGACGCCGCAGCAGCAGAAGCGGUUUCGGCCUUUCUCCGGCGAAGGUCCUCGCUCUCGUCGGAGGCCAGCACGCAGGAGACGUCCAACACGAGCUCCCGCCGGCGCGGACGGGGGAGGAAGGGGGAGGAAGGGGCCGUGCGUACUUCGUGCGGUGCGGAUCUGGCCACGGAUCCCGGCCCCGCGUUCCAAGCGGCCUCCUUGGCCGACCGCGACCGGGAAGAAAAGAUGCGGUCCGGGAGCUCCCGCACCGCGGCAGGGACCCCCCGUGCCAGGGCCACCUGGGCCUCGCAACAGCAGCAGCAACAGCAACAGCAACAACAGCAACAGCCCCGCCGCAUCGGAAGCACGUCGCCCUCGGUCCAGACGGAUCCCCCCCGGCAGCCCGUCCGGGGGCUCUCUUCCGCAAAGGCCGGGGCAAGGACGACCCGGGGAGGCGGCGUUCUCCGCUCGGGCCCGUUCUCGCGGGUGCCUUCCACGCCGUUGCCGUCGCCGUGGCAGAACGGCGGGGAGGAAAGAAGCGACCGCAAGAACAUGAACAACAACACGAGCAACAACGAGAACAACAACAAGCACGAACACCACCACAUGGACUCUCCGUCCUCGUGUGGCCAAGACAACGAUUCCCCCCGGUCCGUGUACAGCGGAAUCGAUUUGGACGAAAAGACGAGGCAGAGAAUUCUCUCCCGGUCGAUCCUGGGCCGGGCCCGUCCCUUUCGCCCCGGUGGUCCGACCAAACGACUCUCUUCGCUUGGUGGAGGCAGCAACGGCAAUAGCAACGGCAACGGCAAUGGCAACCAUUCGCAGGAAAGUCGAUCCGAAGGAUCCUCCGCCGGGCCUGGUGCUGGAACAGGAACAGGGGCUUCCGAUGCGAUCCUUGCAACUGCUACCGUCACUGCCACAGCAACUGCCACCGUUUCACGGAGGACCCCGCGGCCCAGCGACGACAAGCGCAGCUUGCGCGUCACCCCCAGGCCGAACAAGGCCUCCUCCCCGUCUCUGUCCGAUGCCCCUGCCCAGAACAGCGGCACCAGCGCAGCCGGGAUGCCACGCGGUCCAAGCCACCGACCGAGCCGGCCCUCGGACGAAAAGGCCGGCUUUCGGCGUCCCUCUGCGCAAAACGUGUCCGCACGGACUGCAGCCGCAUUCGCUUCGGCGUCUGCCGCCAAGAGGAAGCACUCCGCGGCCGGAACGGCCGUGGGAGCCGCCACCGAUCUGGUUCUGGCCAUGGGAGAUCCCGACCGGGAUUCCGAAGAGGAGGAGGAGGAGGUCUGCUUCGAGCGAGAAGACAACGAGGAGGGCCGGUACGGCUGCGAGGAGGACGAGGAGGACGAAGACGAAGAUGGCAUCGAGAUGGAAAUCCUCCCGGGUGCCUUUGCGGUUGACGGCAUCGGCGACGAACAGCAGGGGACGGGGCAUUCCGGAUACGAUUCCGGAUUUGAAGACGGGGACGACAACAGCCUCCUGGUGGAAACGAUUCCGGAUCCCAGCACGGGAGACCUAGACCUGGGCCUGGACGACAAUGGCAACAGCACCAACAACGACGGGAACAACGCCGAAUUGCUGGUGGCCGUGGCCGACACGGAAAGCGCGGAGGCCUCCGCAGCGACGAUGACGGCCAGCACCCCACUCCAGGCCGAGCUCUACACGGUCGAGGCCACCGUGGACGCCCAGAUCCUGGUCGAGGGGGACGAGGACCCGAACGUCAAGGCCAAGAUCCGCAGGCUCUCCUUUCGCAUGUCUUGCUUGCUCUUUGGGGUCCUCCUGCUGGCGGGAGUUUCCAUGGGGGUGGUCCUCCCGAGGGUGGGGACCAGUGGCCUGCCCGACGCCACGAGCGGCGGCGGCGACGACGAGAAGGAACCCCUCGUCGAGGGCUGGACCCUCGUCGGGGACGUCCUGACCGUAGACGAUGCCUACAAGGACGACAUUCGCUUCGGAAACGCCGUGGCCAUGGCCUCGGACGGGAACCGGAUCGCGGUGGGCCUCCCCGGUUCCGACCACCCGGGGGACGCCUCCCUCAAGAUCGCCGGGGGGGUCGAGGUCUUCGACCUGGUCAACGGCACCGAGUGGGAGAAGGCGCUGGAGGUCUUUGGGAGCGGGCCCGGUGCCGAGCUGGGCACCACCGUUGCCCUCUCGGCCGACGGGGGGAGGCUCGCCGCCGGGGCACCGUCGUACGACCUGGAGCGGGCUGGAGGAUACGUGGUAGGUCCGGGGGAAGAGGCCGCGGCAGCUGCCGCAGCAAUACUGGUUGUGUCGUUGUUUUUCCUCUCCGCUGCGCAAGACUCACCAUCCUUUGCUCGUCCGAUCGUUUUUUUUUGGUCUCGUCCAGUCGAUCUACGAGGAAUCCAACGCCAACGGGGAAUGGGAAAUGGUGGCCACCAUUGCCAGAAACGGCAACGGCACCGAGGCCGGGGCAUUUGGGGACGCGAUCGGUUUUUCGGGGGACGGAACGAUCGUUGCGAUCGCCGACAAACACGCGGAUCUCCAAGCCCUCGACGACGUGGGUGUCGUCGCCGUCUACCGAGAAACCAACGGAACCUGGGCAGGCAUGGGAAACGACCUCUGGGGUUCCCAGGAGCGGGACCAGUUCGGCUGGGCCAUAGCCCUCUCCGAGGACGGCACCAGGGUUGCCGCCUCCUCGCUGGGAAAUUCCGAGCCGGGAAAGGUCAGGGUCUUUGACUUCAACGGAACCGCCUGGGAGCAGAUCGGCACCGACGUUGCGGGAGAGUCGAGGCGCGAGCUCUUCGGAGUCGCCGUGGAGCUCUCCGGGGACGGGUCCAUCCUGGCGGUCGGGGCCUCGAGCUAUUCCAGGGGCGGGGAAGAAAACAGCGUGGGCAUCGUGCGGACCUACCGAUACGACCGAGACAACGGAGACUGGCUGCCCCACGGCCAGCCCCUGGAGGGGGACCGCGGGCUCGACGCCUUUGGCAGCUCGAUCGCCCUCUCGCACGACGGAUCGGUCCUGGCGGUGGGCGGGCCCGAGAACGGGGCCUUCUGCGACGCCUGCGGCCACGUACGGGUCUUCCGGGCGGCGUCCGGGGGAGGGAGCGCCGACGGAGCCGGCGCCACCUGGGAGGCGGCCGGAAGGACGGACCUGGGGAGGACCGGGAUCGACGGCGGCCAGUUCGGCUACGGGGUUUCCCUGUCGGGGAACGGGGACCGCGUCGCGGGGGCGGCCCCCUUUACGACCUUUGACGGCCUGGUCAGCCGGGUGGGGCAGGUCCUCGUCUUUGACGCCGCGGACGGUGGUGCCGGCGGCGGCGGCGGCGAAUGAAAACGAACCGUCCCCGACCCGCUCUUCUUCUGGCCACGACGCCUUUUGCAUUCUUGGCGAAACACAACGAGUGCGUGCGUGCAUACUACAAAAUUCGUAUUUGUUAAUCUUCGUGGGAUAGUACGGUAUUGCAUGCGGCACGAGGAAAACCCCAAAUCCAUUCUAACGAAUUAGCUUAGCAGUAGUAGACAUGAUGCACAGUAGGGUACAUACGGUACGUACCGCCAGGGGUCAUAAAUUUAGAGGGGUGCGCAACGAAAUUUUUUGGGCGUCACAAAGCACGAGGAAAAAAAAACCUCAUAUUCCACCUUUGGUCCAGGUUUAGCUUUAGCUCAUGUAGCUCAUGUAGCUCAUGUAGCUCUUGCUGUAGCAAAAGAUAUCUUUAUCAACAUCAAUAUAUGUAGUAUUACUAA